AUUUAUUUACUGUGGUUCGCUGCUGGAGGCUGGAGCUCAUCCCUGACACCGCAGCAGCCCGGGAAGACACACUUAAACACUUCACCAGACUCCUCUCAGAGUGUUUUCUUCCUCUCGUUGGACGUUUCUUCAGUUUGAGCGCUGAAAUUUGGAGGAAACAAGGUGUUUAACAAGCUCUGCCGUGCUCCCUUUUGAGUGACACCCCCUCCUUCCUCCCCACCCUUUGACUCCGCCUCUUCAGACAUGUCCUCUCGGGCCACACCCAUCCAGGGGUCUCGACCCGUCGACCCUCCGCUGCCCUCUGCAGGAUCCCCACGUUCUCCAGAGUCCCUGUUGCCUCCAGCCUGCAGACAGAGAGACCGCUCACCUUCCCCCAUGAGAGGCUACCUCAUCCCCAGCCCUCUGCCCACACGCAGAAACAGGACCUGCUCAGCGACGGCUCGGGCAGCAGAGGGUCCGGUGUUUAGUGGUGUGUGUAAAUAUUUUUCCCGCUCCAAAGGCCACGGCUUCAUCACGCCGUCGGACGGAGGCAAGGACAUCUUCGUCCACAUCUCAGACAUCGAAGGCGAGUAUGUGCCGGUGGAAGGCGACGAAAUGAGCUACAAGAUCUGCUCCAUCCCUCCCAAACACGAGAAGGUCCAGGCGGUGGAGGUGACUAUAACCCACCUGAACCCGGGGACCAAACACGAGACCUGGUCGGGACACGUCGUCAGCAGCUGAACGCCGUCCUGGCUGGGGGCAGGGAGGGAGGAAGGGAACAGACGUAUAGGAGAAGGUGGCAGGAAAGGAAGGGCAAAAGGGAAAACUGGAUGUGAAAAUGGAGGGGUGGGCAGAGGGAAUGUUAUCAGCUGUGUCUGAGGGGACAAGACUGGCAUCUAAAUCUCAACCAUCUCAUAACUGACUUACAAUGUGGCAGCCUUUCUUUCAGAAAUAGUCGACUAUAUUUUGGGAAAAUGCGGUUGGUUUGAGUGGUGUUUGAACAGAUUUCUGAUUGAUAUUUUUCAUAGAAAGACCUCACAUUCUUGCUUAGAAUUGUAGAGCUCCGUGUUGAAAUUUGGUCAUUUGAAAACUGGAUUUACAGCUCUGAUUAUUAAUUUCCGGGAAGUCUCCUCGAAGGUGCAUUUGGCAGAGUUUUGCAUCAUGAGACAUUGAAAUUUAAAUUGACAGCGUUUGUGAAUAAACCAGCCGUUGGUUGCGGAGGAGCUGGUGUGGUUCCAGCACCGUGCAGUUAUUUUCCAGGUAUACUAUGUGUGCCUACUUCUACGCCGAGAACUUACACCUCUGUUUGUGCCUACUUAUAUCCAUCUAUAAUCUGUAUUUGGUCAUGUUUGGGUGGCUAUAUAAGUGAAUUAAAGCAUUUUCAACUGGUAAA